UUGAUGGAUUGUUGUAAGUACAGGGCUCUUUUUAUUUUCUUAGUAAUACAGGAUUCGAUAGGAAGGUUUCGUUUCUCUUAAUGUUCGUUUCUUUAUUCGUUUAGUCUAUUCAUUUAGCUGUGCUUGACUACACAUUCCAGUACAGUAGAGGCGGCAUGCACCUCUGACGUUUGAGGACCGCCGUAAUAUUAUAGAAGAAGAAGUAAACGGAAGUCAAGCGACCAAAUACAAAUUCCACGUUAGCGUUCUUGUUUAGACGUUUAACAACACCCUAGACUGAAAAAAAAUACUAAUUGAACUACACCGCAUUACAUACUUACCUCAGGUAGUGUUUAAUUUGCGUUGGAGACUGUACUUGGUUGAUAGAUGUUAUCUAGGUAACGCUAGCUAGCUGCUUAGCUAACAAUGGCUAACUGUAUGGUUUUUCACACUCAAAUAGCCUCCGUCAUGGAGGUGCUAGCUAAUGCAGCCGUGGCAGAAAUCUGUAAACUCGUAGACGACGACUAUGCAGUGUUUCGUUUGGAAAUAACUCAAAGCCAGAAAGAAAACRGGGCAUUGCGGAGGAAACUACAGCUACUGGAACUAAAGGUGGCACGGGAGCGGGCAGAGAGGACAAUACGAGAGCGCGUCCUCGCCAGUCGUCCCAGUAGUGUCAAGAUCGUUGACCGAUACAGAGGAAUGGCAAGAGGUGGACAUCUCACUGGAGGCCACAGGAGCUUUGUGAAGCCAGCUGGUCACAACACAUGGAGCGAUGGCCAACCAAUCACUGACGAGGGCACUGGAACCUCAAUUCAGAACAUUAUUGUGAUAGAGUCUGUAGAUGCAGAUGCUGCAGGGCCCGGAGGAUCGCCUCUGGUCAAGCAGGAGAAGUCUGAAGGAGAGGAGGACCCAAGGCACAACAGAGACAUCCAAACUGGAACAGCGGCUGGAGCAGCAGCAGCACCCACUAUAGCCACGGAGGAACCCACCACUGCUCCAGCGCAGCCCAGGACCCGACACAGCAUCACGGAGGUCAGUGGAACGCCGAACGCCGUCCUCAAGUCAGAGACAGACACGGAGACAUUAACUGUAACACGCAGGCUCUUACCCACAGAAUCUGACCACAGAUCAGACCCAGACAGACUGGGGCUGGGGAGAAUGGGCUGUCCUCCUGCUCCCAGUUCAGAUUACUUACCAGUAUUUCACCAGACCCAGAGGACAGUUCAUUCCCGUGGAGCUGGUGAAGGAGACACAUUAGACACUGGCAGUGAUGAUCUGUCUUCCUCUUACGCUACAGAGAUGGAACCUGGCAACAUAUCCUUGGGUUUAGAGACACAGACUGAUCUGUCUAGAGGGUACUGGAGCCAGUACAGUAGUAGUGUGUACUCUGAAGGGUGCCUAGAUAAGAAAGGGGAGGGUCUGGUCAUAGAUGUGAAAGUGGAGGGUGAUGCCCCUCCCAUAUGGAAUGCAGAUAGUCACCUAGGAGAUGGACACUCACAGGGCAGAGAAUUCUUAGAUUACAGGGGAAGCAUAGAGACAAAUCCAAAUGUCGCAACCCACUCCCCUUUACACGCGUUCAGGGAUCGCGACCCAAAGUCCACGUCGAUGGGGCUUUCUGAUUCACAUGGCCCCGUCCUUUUCGAUCAGGUAUUGAACUCAAACGACAGGGCUAGAGCCCAGGCUCGGGCAGGAGGAGAAACAUCAGGCAAUACUAAAGAGAAGCGGUUCCUCUGCAUGUUCUGUAACAAAGGCUUCAGCUGUCCCCAGAAGGUGGAGAGGCACCAGAGGAUCCACACAGGUGAGAAACCCUACAGCUGCCCCCAGUGUGAGAAAAGGUUCUCCCGCCAGGACCACUUGAAGUUGCACCACAAGGUCCACACAGGGGAGAAACCCUAUAGCUGCCCCCAGUGUCACAUGCGCUUUACCCAGGCUGGCAACCUGAAGAUGCACCUGAAGGUCCACACGGGAGAGAGGCCAUUCGCCUGUACGCACUGCGGGAAGAAGUUCUCAGAGAGGAGAUACCUCAGGAUACACCAGCAGAAAAACCAUUCCACUCUAACAUAGAAAGUAACCAUUCCACUCGAUAGCUUCUGGCGUUUAGAUCAAACCCUGCAUUAAAGACAAAUAUUAAUUAACAUUGUUGUCAACAGAAAUUAUGCAUUUGGAAUAACCAGAGUAACAGAUUUCAGUGUUGAAUAUUCCUGGGCAGAAUAUUCCAUCCAGACAUUGUGAUAUACACUGAAUGUAUAAAACAUUAGGAACACCUUCUCUUUCUAUGACAGACUGACCAGGUGAAUCCAGGUGAAAGCUAUGA